AUGGGCCAGCUGGACCUGCUGGGGUUCCUUGUCAUCACCCUAAACUGCAACGUGACCAUGGUGGGGAAGAUCUGGCUUAUCUUCAUGGUGCUGCUGAGGAUGGGGGUGCUCAUCCUGGCCGGGUCGCCGGUCUACCAGGAUGAGCAGGAGAGGUUCGUGUGCAAUACUCUGCAGCCCGGAUGCGCCAACGUUUGCUACGACAUCUUCGCCCCUGUGUCCCACCUGCGGUUCUGGCUGAUCCAGAGCGUGUCUGUUCUCCUUCCAUCCGCGGUCUUCAGUGUCUACGUGCUGCACAAAGGAGCCGAGCUGGCGGCACGUGGAUCCCGCUGGCUGGAUGAUGACUCGGAGGACCACGACGGCCCUGAACGGACCCCGGGGGCCAGGCGCUGCCUGCCGGUGCCAGACUUCUCCUCAGGCUACGUGGUCCACCUCUGCCUCCGGACCCUGACGGAGGCAGCUUUCGGUGCCCUGCAUUACCUCCUCUUCGGAUUCUUGGUCCCCAAGAGAUUCUCGUGCACGCACCCUCCUUGCACCAGUGUGGUGGACUGUUACGUCUCUCGGCCCACGGAGAAGUCCAUCCUGAUGCUUUUCGUUUGGGCGGUCUGCGCGCUGUCCUUGUUGCUCAGUGUCGCCGACCUGGUCUGCAGCGUGCGCUGGGAGACGCGCAGGCGACACGGCGGGGCCCGGAGGAGGCCAUGUCAAGGGGCGGGGAGUGCAGCGCGGGAGGGACACGGGGCGCACGAGGGACGUGGGGCGCGCGCUCGCCGGGGCCUGCGGACUGGAGGGCAGGGCGCGUACAGCCCCGCAGCGGAGCCCACCGAGCCGGGGCACCCGGAGCUGCCAGGGGAGGACGAGAGCGACGCGCUGUCCUCAGCCAGCGACCAGCCGCGCGGGGCCGGGCCGGGAGCAGCGGCCCCGGGGUGGGAGGGGCGCCCCUGCGCGUCAAGCGCCGCGCUCCCGGGCCCCAGCAAGUCCGAGUGGGUGUGA